UAACGCUAUUAUUCCAGGAUUUCAUAUGCAAUAACAUUUAUCGCUCCCGGAAAACUCAUAAAAUAUUUUCACUGUACCCCAUAAAUAAAGUGCAUACAUUACCUAUAUAAAAUAGAUGCACACCAAUCUCAUUAAACCAACACUGUUAAAACAAAACACCCAAUAUAACACCCACGUGAGAAAUGCUGGCAAUGUAACAAACAUAAUAAACGAAUAAAGCAAAGAUUAGAUGAAUUUCAUCACUGAAUUCUAUUCUUGGCCAACGCCUUUUCAUUUUGUUCUUUUGCAGGUUUUGUCCAUGAUUAUUUCAACACGGUCCUCUUCUGUGGCAAUUUUAUUUGUGCAUUUGUGCAUCUAACAAAGCAGGAACUCAAGGUCCCUUUAAGUGUGCAGCAAAAUUGCAGUAUCCUGCAUAAUCACUCCUGUGGCUACUGAUCUCAGCACCACCUAUUCAGUUUAUGAAACUGCAAUGACUGCUACAAGGAAAAAAAUGUUUGCUCUGGCUGUCGUAGUGUUUACCGUCUUCCUGUUAAGCUUAACAAUGCAUCACUACACAAAGAGCUCCGAUGUAGUCCCAUAUUUCAGCAAUCCCACUGUACAUUAUAAGAAAAAAAUUGUAUCAAUUCCCGGCUACUCAUUAGAGGAUGAAAUUCAAGCUUCUCUCAUUUUCAAAAACAUUGCUGUCUUGAUUCCUUCCAUCACGUUCACCCACAAGGACCACACAACCAGUGCUAAGAAGAGCAGAGCCACCAUACUGAACCCAAGAAAAAAGUAUUGUGUUGGAGAGACAAUAAUUGUCCAAAUUGAGAUGUUUGACCAUUUGGGUAACAGGAAAACAUAUGGAGGAGACUUCAUAAGAGCUAGGAUCUUUUCUCCAGAUCUUAAAGCUGCGGCUUCUGGGAGAAUUGAAGAUUUUAACAAUGGAACCUAUCAUGCCCAUUUCACUUUAUUUUGGGAAGGAAAGGUUUUCUUCUCGUUGGUCCUCUACCAUCCAAGUGAGGCUGUCUCAGCAUUGUGGAGAGCGAGGAAUCGGGACUAUGGCCUCAUUUACUUCAUGGGGACUUUUACAAAUGGAACUCAUCAAGUGAAGUCUGAAUGUGGAUUCCAACCGAAUACAAAGAAGGAAAUAUGUGAAUAUAGAAAGGAAGAAUAUAAUGAGAUAUUUUACUGCGCUAAACCAGAAUCUUUCCAUUGUGAGUCAUUAACAUACCUCCAGGAUUUCAACAGUGAUCUCUCCUUUCUAAGCACACCUGAGAAAUCUCUUUUGGACAGGGAAAAUAUUGCUAUUGAAAUCCACAAAAACUUUGAAUCCAUUGAUGUGUAUUCUUGUACAGAACUGCCUCCUACGUCUCUAGAACAAUGCAAGAUUGGGAUGGUGCCUCCAUUUCCCAGCGGAUUUGUGUUACAGAAUAAAUGGAGACCUGCGUUCUGUCGCCUCGCCAAUUUCACACUCCAUGAACAAAUGUACACCUGUUUUAAAAACAAAAUUGUAUAUCUCAUAGGUGACUCUACUGUACAUCAAUGGUAUCUUUAUUUAGAAAAAACAUUUAAAGGACUGAAACAUUUUGAUCUGCACCGAACAGGAUUGGAGUCAAUGGCGUUAUCAGUCGAUCUGCAGAGGAACAUCAGGCUACAGUGGAAAAAGCACAGCCAUCCAGUUGUUGCAGUGAAUCAAUCUUACUUUGUAAAAGACGACCACUACGUAAGUGAGCAAAUAGACCAGCUGCAUGGAGGUCCACACUAUGUCAUCGUUAUCUGUCUGGGACAAAACUUCAGACCUUUCCCCAUCCAUCUCUUCAUCAGAAGAGUAAUUAAUGUGCGCAAGGCAUUGGAACGUCUCUUCUUACGGAGUCCUGACGUCAAGGUUAUUAUUAAAACAGAGAACACCAGAGAGACAAGCUUAGAUGCCGAGAGAUUCAGCGACUUCCAUGGAUAUAUUCAGUAUCUUAUAGUGAAGGACAUUUUCAGGGAUCUUCAUGUUGGUGUGAUUGAUGCUUGGGACAUGACCACAGCGUACAAUACAAAUAACGUUCAUCCUCCAGAAAAUGUCGUCCAGGACCAAAUAUAUAUGUUUUUAACAUAUAUCUGCUAGUUUAUAGUAUUAUAAACAAGUGGGUGACUAAAGCGCUAGCCAACAGUGAAAAUUAAAAGUGACCAGUGAAAAACAAAAU